AUGACCACGCUGGCCGGCGCUGUGCCCAGGAUGAUGCGGCCCGGCCCGGGGCAGAAUUACCCACGCAGCGGCUUCCCGCUGGAAGUGUCCACCCCCCUUGGCCAGGGUCGAGUCAACCAGCUCGGAGGAGUAUUUAUCAACGGCAGGCCUCUGCCCAACCACAUCCGACACAAGAUCGUGGAGAUGGCCCACCACGGCAUUCGGCCUUGCGUCAUUUCUCGCCAGCUUCGCGUGUCUCACGGUUGCGUCUCUAAGAUCCUGUGCAGGUACCAGGAGACGGGCUCCAUCCGACCUGGUGCCAUUGGCGGCAGCAAACCCAAGCAGGUGACAACGCCUGACGUGGAGAAGAAAAUUGAGGAAUACAAAAGAGAGAACCCGGGCAUGUUUAGCUGGGAAAUCAGAGACAAAUUACUCAAGGACGCUGUCUGUGAUCGGAACACUGUGCCCUCAGUGAGUUCUAUCAGCCGCAUCUUGAGGAGUAAAUUUGGAAAAGGAGAAGAGGAGGAGGCGGAUCUAGAAAGGAAGGAAGCAGAGGAAAGCGAGAAAAAGGCUAAACACAGCAUCGAUGGCAUCCUCAGUGAGCGAGCCUCCGCACCUCAAUCAGACGAAGGCUCUGACAUUGACUCUGAACCUGAUUUACCGCUAAAGAGGAAGCAGCGCAGGAGCAGAACCACCUUCACAGCAGAGCAGCUGGAGGAACUGGAGCGCGCUUUCGAGAGAACUCACUACCCAGACAUUUACACCAGGGAGGAGCUGGCCCAGAGAGCAAAGCUUACCGAGGCGCGAGUGCAGGUCUGGUUUAGCAACCGCCGUGCAAGAUGGAGGAAGCAAGCUGGUGCCAAUCAACUGAUGGCUUUCAACCAUCUCAUUCCGGGGGGAUUCCCUCCCACCGCCAUGCCGACCCUGCCAACAUACCAGCUGUCGGAGACCUCUUACCAGCCCACGUCUAUUCCACAAGCCGUGUCAGAUCCCAGCAGCACCGUUCACAGACCUCAGCCGCUUCCUCCGAGCACUGUACACCAAAGCACCAUUCCUUCAAAUGCAGACAGCAGCUCUGCCUACUGCCUCCCCAGCACCAGGCAUGGAUUUUCAAGCUAUACAGACAGCUUUGUGCCUCCGUCCGGGCCCUCCAACCCCAUGAACCCCGCCAUUGGCAAUGGCCUUUCACCUCAGGUAAUGGGACUUCUGACCAACCACGGUGGGGUACCGCACCAGCCUCAGACGGACUACGCUCUCUCUCCUCUCACUGGGGGCCUGGAACCCACGACCACGGUGUCAGCCAGCUGCAGUCAGAGACUGGAACAUAUGAAGAAUGUGGACAGUCUGCCCACAUCUCAACCCUAUUGUCCCCCCACCUAUAGCACCGCAGGCUACAGUAUGGACCCUGUCACGGGCUACCAGUAUGGGCAGUAUGGACAAAGUAAGCCUUGGACGUUCUAG